CGACUGUUCUACGCAUGUGCAGGCAGGAGCCUUGUGGAGUAUGAAAAGAGAGGUAAACAGCUAACAGCUAACGUGUUUAAACGAAUCAGAAAUGGAUACACAGAAAGAUCUACAGCCGCCCAAGCAGCAGCCUAUGAUCUACAUAUGUGGAGAAUGUCACACCGAGAACGAAAUCAAAGCCCGCGAUCCGAUCAGAUGCAGAGAGUGUGGCUACAGGAUCAUGUACAAGAAGAGAACAAAGAGAUUGGUUGUAUUCGAUGCCCGAUGAAGAAGAGGAGAGGAGCAGUUUUGACUCUGUUUACUGUUUGUAGUGUGGGAUCAUGUAAAUAAAUAGACCUGGCUUCAGAUUUGUGAACUACUCAUUUUAUUCUCGGUCUAAACAAUACAUUUGCUUGUCAAAAAUGUAUGAAAGUUUGUUUUGGUUUAUUAAAUAAUAACUAUUUUAACUGGUUGUGACUGUUUUUUCCCAGUUUUUCUAACUGAUGAGCUGAUUUAAUUAGUAGCAUCUCCAUGACGACAGGAAAAUUUGUGUUUCAGCUCUUGUAGACUUUUCUAUAUUCAUGUAGUCACGUGUAAUUGGUUUGUUGCUAUGAGAUGUUUGCAGCUUUUCGACCCCUGAAAUAGACUCUGCCUUUCAGAAUAACAAAAUGCAGCAGGGGAAGUAACCUGAUUUUGUGUAAUGCAAACUGUUUUUUUGGCCUUUUUCAUAGUAAUAAAGAUUAAAUGAGA